AUGAACACAACCUUAUUAUUUAAUAACCUUAGUUCUUUAGUUAGUUUUGUGUAUAAUAUUUCAUCAAAACCUGAGAUACCAAUAAAAUUAUGGGCAGCAAUAGAUGAGAAUUUAAAUAAAGUUUUAUUUGAACUUCAACAUUCAAAUAACCAAGAUAUAGGUAAAAAAGAGAAAUUACCUUCAAAAAUACCAACAAAUAACUUAACCCCAGACGAUUUAGAAUCAUUAGAAAUUAAUGAUGAAGAUGAAGAUGAUGAUCAAGAUGAUCAAUAUGAAAGAGAAUAUCAUAAUGAAGAUAAUCAUUAUAUUAAAACACAACAAAAAAAUCAAGAUAUUUUAUUAAUGAUAAAUAGGUAUAAUGAAAAGUUUCAAUACUUUUCAAAAGUUUUAAAUGAUUUAACAAAUAUAAAUAUUAAUGAAACUAACAACAAUAACAAUAAUAAUAACUAUUCACUUAAUGAAUUCAAAAUUAAAUUAAAAUACUCUUUAUUAAUGAUAGAGAUUUUAUUAGAAAUUGUUAAAAGUAAUCCUAUAGAUUUUCAAAUUUCUUUAAAUGAUCAAAAAACAAUAAAAAGUUCAUUAGAUUUAUUAAUUGGAUGGAUUAUAUCACCAUGUUUUUCAAAAGGUAUUGGUGUACCAAUGGGUAAAAGAGUAUCAAGUAGUAGUUUAGUUAUUGAACAAAUCUUUAAUAAUAAUCAUGGCGAUGGUGGUGAUGCUAGUAAAAUAUAUAGAGAUAAUGAAAAGUAUUGUUGUUUUCAAUUAAAUCAUUUCAUUAGUACUUUAAUUGAAAUUAGAAAAUUAAAUACAGAUUUAAAUUCAAUUAUAGCUUCAAGAUAUUUAUCAGAUUUAUUCGCAUCAUUAUUACAAUUAAUAAAUUUAAAAUCAUCACCAUUAACAUUAAAUGAAAAACAAUUAGUUGCUAAAGAAUUGGAUUCAUUAUUAUUUGGAAUUUAUCCUGAAUUGGUUUUUGAAUCAUUAAUGUUAUUACUAAGUGGUGGUGGUAGUGGUGGUGGUGAUGAUCAACCAAUUUGGUUGACAAAAUGCAUUGGUAUAAUGUUAUCAAAAUGUUUAAUGAGACCACAAUCAAUUAAAAUCAUUUUAUAUACAAUUUUAUCAAAUAGUAGUUAUGGUAAAACUUCAAAUAAAUCAUUAGGUAAUAUAGUUAAAUUAAUUACAACUGUACCCUCAACUAUGAAAGUUGAUGAAUAUUAUAGUAAAAUUUCACCUCAAAUCAUUGAUCUCUUACAUCAACGUGAUAGAGAUAGUAAAGGAAAGAUAUUGGAAACAGUUUUAUCAAUAAUUGAAACAAUGUUAAAUAAUCAACCACAUUUAACCAUUAAAUAUAUAAUUGAUCCAAUUUUAAAUCCAUUUUUAUCUUUCCAACAACAUACUAAUAUAACUACAACUAGUAAUAAUAAUAAUAAUAAUAAUAAUAAUAAUAAUAAUAAUAAUAAUAAUAAUAAUAAUAAUAAUAAUAAUAAUAAUAAUAAUGAUGAUGAAACUACUAGUAAAGAUAAUAUUAUAAUUAAAGAAGUUGAUUUAUUCUUUUCAAUUGAAGAUAUUCAUAAAUUAAUUUCAAAGUUAUCACUUAAUCAAAUCUUUUUAAAUUCAAUUUCAAAAAUUAUUCCAACUUUAUUUCAAUUAUAUUGUUUUGUUUCGAAAUCAAUUUCUUCAUUAAAAAUAUCUUGUAAAGAGAUUUUAUCUUCAUUUUUCAAAUUUUCAAAUGACUCUGUAUUACAAUUAAAAAAUUUAAUUUUUACCAAUAAAAAAAAUAAAGAAUUAGAUAAUCAAAUUUCAACAAAUAAUAAUAAUAAUAAUAAUAAUAAUAAUAAUAAUAAUAAUAAUAAUAAUAAUAUUAAUAAUAAUUCAGAUAAAAUUAAUAAAGAACAACAUCAAAUAAAACAACAAUUAAAUCAUCACUUUUAG